AGUUAGCACUUUCUGUCAGCCCAGGGAGGAGAGGAGGCGAAAGAGAGAGGGGAGAGAGAGAGCGAACGACUGGGGCUGUUGAUUUUGUCCCAAUUUCCACACUUUUAGAAAGUGUUGGUGGGUAACACAUUUUUACACUCUCUGUCCUCUAACGGAAAUAGACCUAUUUUUUCCACUUCACGGUGGACUUUUCUGAGUUGGGAUCUGAUCUUUGGUUGUUUUUUUGCAAAGCCUCCCCUUGAGCUGAGAGGAUGGAGAACGCUCACACACAGGAGCCAAGCGAGUGCCUGUCCUACUUUGGUGUCAGCGAGAACACGGGCCUCUCACCUGACCAGGUUAAAAGGAACUUGGCCAAGUUCGGCUAUAACGAGCUGCCUGCUGAGGAAGGUAAAUCAAUCUGGGAGCUGGUAGUAGAGCAGUUUGAGGAUUUGUUGGUCAGGAUCCUGCUGCUAGCUGCCUGCAUAUCUUUUGUUCUGGCCUGGUUUGAGGAGGGUGAGGAAACUGUAACUGCCUUCGUCGAGCCUUUCGUUAUUCUGCUCAUCCUUAUUGCCAAUGCUGUGGUCGGAGUUUGGCAGGAGCGCAAUGCUGAGAGUGCCAUUGAGGCUCUGAAGGAGUAUGAGCCAGAGAUGGGCAAGGUGUACCGAGCUGACAGGAAGAGUGUGCAGAGGAUCAAGGCCAGGGAGAUCGUCCCUGGAGACAUCGUGGAAGUGUCAGUUGGUGAUAAAGUCCCCGCUGAUAUCAGAAUCACUUCAAUCAAAUCCACAACUCUGCGUGUUGACCAGUCCAUCCUUACUGGUGAGUCUGUGAGUGUGAUUAAGCACACAGAGUCUGUGCCUGACCCCAGAGCUGUCAAUCAGGACAAGAAGAACAUGCUCUUCUCUGGCACCAACAUCGCUGCAGGAAAAGCCAUCGGUGUAGUUGUGGCCACUGGCGUCUCCACCGAGAUCGGAAAGAUCCGUGACCAGAUGGCAGCCACCGAGCAGGAGAAGACGCCACUGCAGCAGAAGCUGGACGAAUUUGGAGAACAGCUCUCCAAGGUCAUCUCGCUCAUCUGUGUGGCCGUGUGGCUCAUCAACAUCGGCCACUUCAAUGACCCCGUGCAUGGUGGCUCCUGGAUCCGUGGCGCCAUUUACUAUUUUAAAAUCGCUGUGGCCCUGGCUGUGGCUGCCAUCCCAGAGGGUCUUCCUGCUGUGAUUACGACAUGCUUGGCUCUGGGCACACGCCGUAUGGCCAAGAAGAAUGCCAUUGUGCGAUCUCUGCCUUCUGUGGAGACUCUGGGCUGUACCUCAGUCAUCUGCUCCGACAAGACUGGUACUCUGACCACCAACCAGAUGUGUGUGACCAAGAUGUUCAUCAUUGAGAAGGUGGAAGGGGACAAUGUGACUCUUGACCAGUAUGAUAUCUCUGGCUCAAAAUACACUCCUGAAGGAGAAGUAACUAAAGGUGUUCUUCCUGUGAAAUGUGGCCAGUAUGAUGGGCUGGUUGAGCUGGCUACCAUCUGUGCCCUGUGUAACGACUCCUCUCUGGAUUAUAAUGAGUCUAAGGGAAUCUAUGAGAAGGUGGGUGAAGCCACUGAGACUGCACUCUGCUGUCUGGUGGAAAAGAUGAACGUGUUCAACACUGAGGUCCGUGGCCUGUCAAAGGUGGAGAGAGCCAAUGCCUGUUGCACUGUAAUUAAGCAGCUGAUGAAGAAAGAGUUCACACUGGAGUUCUCCCGUGACAGGAAGUCCAUGUCUGUCUACUGCUCUCCAGCCAAGCCCUCCAAGGCGUCUCUUGGCAAUAAGAUGUUUGUCAAGGGUGCUCCCGAAGGUGUGAUUGACAGAUGUGCAUAUGUGCGUGUGGGAACCACCCGCAUACCCCUGACUGGCCCCGUGAAAGAAAAGAUCAUGGCUGUGAUUAAGGAAUGGGGAACUGGCCGUGACACCCUGCGCUGCCUGGCUCUGGCCACUCGAGACUCCCCUCUGAGGAAGGAGGAGAUGAACCUGGAGGAUUCCACCAAGUUUGCUGACUAUGAGACUGAUCUCACCUUUGUGGGCUGUGUUGGCAUGCUGGAUCCCCCUCGCAAAGAGGUCAUGGGCUCCAUCCAGCUGUGCAAGGCUGCUGGCAUCCGGGUCAUUAUGAUCACUGGUGAUAACAAGGGCACUGCUGUGGCUAUCUGCCGUCGCAUCGGCAUCUUCGAGGAGGAUGAAGAUGUCACUGGGCGUGCUUUCACAGGUCGUGAGUUUGAUGACCUGCCCCUGGCACAACAGAGAGAAGCGGUGCGCAAGGCCUGCUGCUAUGCCCGUGUCGAGCCUUCUCACAAGAGCAAGAUUGUGGAAUUCCUGCAGAGUUAUGAUGAGAUCACGGCCAUGACUGGUGAUGGUGUGAAUGAUGCCCCUGCCCUGAAGAAGGCAGAGAUUGGUAUUGCCAUGGGCUCUGGCACAGCCGUUGCCAAGUCAGCCUCGGAGAUGGUCCUGGCCGACGACAACUUCUCUUCUAUCGUAUCUGCUGUUGAGGAAGGCAGAGCCAUCUACAACAACAUGAAGCAGUUCAUCCGCUACCUCAUCUCCUCCAACGUGGGAGAGGUCGUCUGUAUCUUCCUGACUGCUGCUCUUGGUCUGCCUGAGGCCCUGAUCCCAGUGCAGUUGCUGUGGGUGAAUCUGGUCACUGAUGGUCUUCCUGCUACUGCUCUGGGUUUUAACCCCCCUGACUUGGAUAUCAUGGGAAAGGCUCCUCGAUCUCCCAAAGAACCACUCAUUUCUGGUUGGCUCUUCUUCAGAUACCUGGCCAUUGGAGGUUAUGUUGGAGCUGCUACUGUGGCUGCUGCUGCAUGGUGGUUCAUUUACUCUGAGGAUGGCCCAAUGGUGACCUUCUACCAGCUCUCCCACUUCAUGCAGUGCACUGAAGAGAAUGAAGACUUCGCCGACAUCAUAUGUGAGGUGUUCGAGUCCUCUCCCCCGAUGACAAUGGCCCUGUCUGUGCUGGUCACCAUUGAGAUGUGCAACGCUCUCAACAGCUUGUCAGAGAACCAAUCCCUGCUGCGUAUGCCUCCCUGGAGCAACCUCUGGCUGGUGGCUGCCAUGUCCCUGUCCAUGUCCCUGCACUUUAUGAUCAUCUAUGUCGAUCCUCUGCCUAUGAUUUUCAAGUUGACUCAUCUGAAUCUGGAGCAGUGGAUCGUGGUGCUGAAGCUCUCUCUCCCCGUCAUCCUCAUCGAUGAGGUGCUCAAGUACAUCUCACGCACCUACUUGGAACAGAAAGAAGAGAACCUGGUGUCUAAGAGAUGGGACUAAGAGAAGAAAGCGGACAAGUUGAUGAAAUGAGAAAGAACUGGCUUUAAAGAAUGAGCACAAUUACCAUCACAAAAGGAAUUACAACAAACAUUCAAGCAGCUAACAGUGAACAAGUCAACAUACCUGAAAAAAGGAAGAAAAAAAUUGAAAGAAAAUGUAUAAAACACACAAUGUUCUGUGAAUAUCAAUGUGAUCUAAGUUUAUGUAUUUAAAUAAAUUAACAUUAUAACAACUAGUAUUUUAAGGAUUCUGUUCCUAAAAAAUAAAAAUAUAUUUCUUAAUAAAGAUAUAUAUUUAAAAAGA